AUGGAACGUUACGCUAUCAACUCGUAUUUUUCAAGUGUUCAUAUUCCAGAGCCUUCUGAAAGUGUGAAUGUUGACGCGAAGAGAUCAACAAAAGGUAGCCUUGAAUCGAAAACAUUGAAUGAAACCGAGGAAGAUUCGCGGAAGCAUUCAACACUCAACGAACCUCUAAUCAACUGUCAAUCCCAAUUAACUGCAUCUCCACCAUCACAAAAACUAUACAAUUCAAUGCAUCAAGCAUCCACAAUCAAUCCUUCCGAACGAAUAUCAUUCAGUGAACACUGCAGUCACAUAGUUUCAAAUGUUGAUGGAACAUCUUCGUUAUUUUCUAAAAUUUAUGAGUUGGAUCAUACUGUCUAUGCAGAUUAUACAGCCUCAGGACGAGGUCUCAUAUUUAUCGAGCAUUAUAUGCUUACCUAUGUUUGGCCAUUUUAUGCAAAUACUCAUAGUGAAAAUAAUGCAUUUGCAUUGCAAACGACACGAUUUCGGGAAAGUGCACGUUCAAUCAUAAAGAAAUGUCUAAAUGUUACGGAUGAUGAUGUUGUCAUCUUUACUGGAUCUGGUUCUACAGCAGCAAUUAAUAAAUUUGUUGAUAUUCUACAACUUCGAACUGACGAAAUUCGAAAUCGUACUGUGGUAUUUGUUAGUACAUCAGAACAUCACUCGAAUAUUUUGCCGUGGAAAGAAACGGGCGUUCAAUUCGUUCGAAUUCCUAACAAUGAAAAAGGUCUUCUGGAUCAAAAUGUUCUCAAAGAAAAUUUGAUAUAUUACCGUGACCUGACUAAAAAAUCAAUUAUUUGCAUUUUCAAUGCAGGCAGUAAUGUCACUGGCGUUCUUGCCGAUGUAGAUCGCAUUUCAGAAUUGGUACAUGAGCAUGGAGGUUAUAUAUUUUGGGAUUAUGCGGCAGCAGCACCUUAUGUGCACAUCGAUAUGAAUCCCUCUGAAAAGGCUGCUAAAGAUGCCGUGUUUAUCUCGACACAUAAAUUCAUUGGUGGACCGGGUACACCAGGUCUUCUAAUUGCCAAAAAGAAACUUUUUGAGAAUCCUGUACCAACUGGUUGUGGUGGUGGUACAGUUAAUUUUGUUACUCGAACAGCUACGGAGUAUGCCAAAGAUAUUGAAACACGAGAAGAAGGUGGAACACCAAGCAUUCUUGGUUCUAUUCGUGCUGGACUAGUUUUUCAUUUAAAACAAUCGAUAGGUCAUGAACUUAUUGAAGGACGUGAAACUGAAUUAGUACACAAAUUCUUUCAACGUUUUCAAAACCACCCAACAUUAUUUAUUCUCGGUCCGCCGGAUGUUUCUCGUCUGGCGAUCUUUUCCUUUCUCAUAUAUGUACCAUCAGUUGACAAAUAUUUGCAUCAUAAUUUUAUUUGUUCAUUGUUAAAUGAUUUAUUUGGCAUUCAAGUGCGAUCAGGUGGUUCCUGUGCUGAACCAUAUGUUUUAGAUCUACUGAAUAUUGAUGAUGAACAAAUAAAUAUGUAUUCAAAAUUUUAUACUGAAGAUUUAGAUCAACGUUUCGAUAAAGAUAAUGAUCCAAUUCCCUAUAAUGCAUUGAUGAAGCCGGGUUUUACUCGUUUCAAUCUACCGUAUUUUGCCAGUGACGACGAAGUAAAUUAUAUUCUUGGUGCAAUCGAAUUUGUUGCUAGUUUUGCUUGGAGAUUUCUUCCAUUGUACCAAUACAAUCAAGAAACUGCUGUUUGGCGUCCUCGACAUCUACCCGUGGAAAAUCGCUCCAAUGCAAGUCAUAGUCUUGCUGCAGUUGACUAUCAGAACGGUACUAUGGAACAAAUUAAUUUUUUGAAUAACAAACCGCAGAAUAUUGAUCAUCAAAUCCCGUUGGCUAAUCUAUCUUCGUCAUCAUCUGACGAUCCUUUUGAACAGGCGAAAGCUAUUUCGAAAAAUAUGCCACAGUACGUGUAUGAAAAUAUCGAUUUUCGAACAGAUACUCAGUUGAAUAUUCCGAAGAAAUAUGAACAUUUCAUUUGGUUUGUUACACCCAAAGAGAUCAUGAUAAAACUAAUGGUUGAAUUUGAAUGUUUGCAACAAAAAGAUCGUCUUGCAGUUCCAUUCCAACAUCGAUACAGAAGUAUCCAAAUUGUUUGA